AUGUCACACAGUGCAACAAAAGUAAUCAAGGGAACAUGCAUUUCUCUUCUCAAAAACUGCAAAUCCAUGUGCCACAUGAAACAAAUUCAGACUCAGAUGUUCUGUGUGGGUCUGCAUCAAGACAGGGACACCCUCAACAAGCUCAUGGCCUUUUGUAUGGACUCAUCUGUUGGAGACUUUCACUAUGCACACAGAAUCUUCAACUACAUCAAGCACCCAUCUUUGUUUAUCUACAAUCUCAUGAUCAAAGCCUUUGUGAAAAGGGGUAGUUUCAGAAGAGCCAUUUCUCUGUUUGAGCAACUGAGGGAAGAUGGGGUGUGGCCUGAUAAUUAUACAUAUCCUUAUGUUUUCAAAGCUAUUGGUUGUAUGGGAGAGGCUGAUGAAGGGUACAAGGUUCAUGCCUUUGUGGUCAAGAGUGGACUUGAGUUUGAUGCUUAUGUUUGUAACUCAUUGAUGGACAUGUAUGCUGAAUUGGGUAAAGUUGAUGGUUUCAAACAGGUGUUUGAUGAAAUGCCUGAGAGAGAUAAUGUUUCUUGGAACAUUAUGAUUUCGGGUUAUGUCAGGUGCAGGAGAUUCCAAGAGGCUGUUAAUGUUUUUCAGCUAAUGAGAAAGGAAAGCAAUGAGAAGCCUAAUGAAGCCACAGUUGUUAGCACUCUAUCGGCCUGCACGGCUUUGAGGAACGUGGAGCUUGGGAAGGAAAUUCACUGUUACAUUGCUAAUGAACUAGAUUUUACGACUAUAAUGGGGAAUUCUUUGAUAGACAUGUAUUGUAAGUGUGGGUGUUUGAGUGUAGCCCGGGAAAUCUUUGAUGAGAUGACCAUAAAAAAUGUGAUUUGUUGGACCAGUAUGGUAACUGGGUAUGUGAAUUGUGGUCAGCUGGAUCAAGCUCGAGAUUUGUUUGAGAAAAGUCCAACUCGGGAUAUUGUUCUUUGGACAGCUAUGAUUAAUGGGUAUGUGCAGUUUAAUCGUUUUGAUGAGGCAAUUGCGUUGUUUCGGGAGAUGCAAAUCAGAGGAGUGAAACCAGAUAAAUUCAUUGUGGUUACUCUUCUUACAGGUUGUGCUCAAUUGGGAGCUCUAGAGCAAGGCGAGUGGAUUCACAAUUACAUAGAUGAAAACAGAAUCAUGGUGGAUGCUGUUGUUGGUACUGCCCUUAUUGAAAUGUAUGCUAAAUGUGGCUGCAUAGAGGAAUCUUUGAAGAUUUUUAAUGUAUUAAAGGAAAAGGAUACCACCUCAUGGACUUCGAUUAUUUGUGGACUAGCCAUGAAUGGUAAGACAAGCAAAGCACUUGAGUUAUUUGAAGCAAUGGAAACAUUGGGGGCAAAACCUGAUGACAUUACCUUUAUUGCUCUUUUGAGUGCAUGUAGUCAUGGAGGAUUGGUAGAAGAAGGUCGCAAGUUAUUUCAUUCCAUGUCAAGUAUAUAUCAUAUUGAGCCAAAUUUGGAACACUAUGGGUGUUUCAUUGACCUUCUCGGUAGAGCUGGACUGUUACAUGAGGCGGAGGAAUUGGUAAGGAAGUUACCAGAUCAAAACAAUGAGAUAGUAGUUCCACUUUAUGGAGCUUUGUUAAGUGCCUGCAGAACUUAUGGCAAUAUCGAUAUGGGUGAAAGGCUUGCUACAACACUAGCAAAAGUUAAAUCUAGUGAUUCGAGUCAGCAUACACUUCUUGCUAGCAUUUAUGCUUCUGCUGACAGAUGGGAAGAUAUGAGCAAGGUGAGAAGUAAGAUGAAAGAUUUGGGAAUCAGAAAGGUUCCAGGAUGUAGUGCCAUUGAGGUGAAUGGCAACAGAGGUGGAGUGGGGAGUCUUUCUCAUUUUGGGACCAAAAUUGGUCUGCCUACAUGCGAUAGGAAAUUGUGUUUAUAGACUACGGAGGAAAUUGAAUGGCUACCAUCUAUGGUGGUGGAUUGAGAACUCAAACAAUGCCUAAUGUCCUACUCCUAGGAGGAUCUCAUAUUAUUGACAAAAGUGCCAGAUUUGAUCAUUGGCUUCUAUUGAUUUGCACUUCACUCUUGCAUGGAUGAAGCUUAUCUCCGAAUGUAAGCUCAUAAACUCAGCAAAUAUCAUCCUCGGUUCCUCUUUGGCAUUAUCACGCACAGGCACUGGUGUCUUCACUCUUGAUUUAGAUUAUUUGAAUAGUAUUUCGGGUAUAUUUUCUUCAUCCUCUAUGUUCUCUAAUGGAUAUGCAUAGUUCAGCCUAACUUGGUGGUAGAGGAUCAAAUUUAGUCCAAAUUAGAAGAUUUUCAUUUCCCCUGUUUUGUAUUUAUGAAUUAUUAUCAUAUUGAUGUUCGGAAUGACCAAUUGUUAUGAAUUAUUGAACCAACAUGAAUAAGUAGCAUUCAAAUUGUAAACAUACUGAUGGAAAUGAUCUUUGGUUCUCAUCUGGGAAGGAGAUGCUAAGUGAGAUCCCACUAUAAGUCUUGAAUUUAUGUUUGAGCAAACUAUGACCUAGGCUUGAGAAAUUUUGAAA